ACCGUGUGAUGACGGAGUCUUUGCCCUAAAAUAACUUAUAAAUACCAAUACCGAUGAGUCUCUCUAAAUCAUCAAUCAAAACCUUAUAAGUUUAUACUAUACCAUCUUCAUCAAUUAUUUUUAAGAUCCUUUUGUUGUGAUUUCUUGUAAGAACCACCACAAUGACCGGAGGGAAGCACCACCACGGCCACCACGUUCAGGAAGACAGCAAGCCAAUUGACUAUGCGAAAGAGGUUAAACACCACAAGCAUAACGAGCACCUCGCCGAGCUCGGUGCUAUUGCUGCCGGCGCUUUCGCCGUGCAUGAGAAGCACAUGAUAAAGAAAGAUCCAGCACACGCCCACAGGCACAAGGUAGAGGAGAGAAUCGCAACUACAGUCGCUGUUGCAGCCGGUGGAUACGCAUUGCAUGAGCACCACGAGAAGAAAGAAGCAAAGAAACAUAUGAAGCACCACCACGGCCACCACUUCUUUUAAUAUUCUUAUUUUUUUGUAAGGAUCGAUUUUAUUUAUUAUUUACGAAAUUGAUUAGCAGUGAUAUUGAUCAGCAACUGCUCUAAAUAAAUAAACGCCUGCGUGCGUUGUUUAAUUUAUUCUUGAUUACUAGGUCUCUACCUUUUUGUGAUAUUGAGAUCUAGUAAUAGUGGAGUAAUAUCUAAUUCUGUUUUCAUGUGAUGUGUUUGUAAAGAGUAUAUUUGUUUAUGAAUGAGUAAAUCCAGUGUUUUAAGUUCUCAUUUCA